AUGGCGGCCCUGGCCAGCGGCUUGAUCCGGCAGAAGAGGGAGGUCCGGGAGCCGGGCGGCAGCCGGCCGGUGGCGGCCCAGAGGCGGGUCUGCCCCCGAGGAACCAAGUCCCUCUGCCAGAAGCAGCUGCUCAUCCUGUUCAGCAAGGUCCGGCUGUGCGGGGGGCGCCGGGCCAGGCUCCAGAAGGCGCCCGAGCCCCAGCUCAAAGGCAUUGUCACAAAACUCUUCUGCCGUCAGGGUUUCUAUCUCCAGGCCAAUCCUGAUGGGACCAUCCAGGGGACCCAGGAAGACACCAGCACCUUCACCCUCUUCAACCUGAUCCCCGUGGGGUUACGCAUGGUCACCAUCCAGAGCGCCAAAUCGGGCCAAUACAUGGCGAUGAACGCGGAGGGUCUGCUGUACGCCUCGCCUCACUUCACGGCCGAGUGCCGCUUCAAGGAGUGCGUCUUCGAGAACUACUACGUCCUCUACGCCUCGGCCCUGUAUCGCCAGUGUCGCUCCGGACGCGCUUGGUACCUGGGUUUGGACAAGGAGGGCCGGGCCAUGAAGGGAAACCGAGUCAAGAAGACCAAAGCCGCGGCCCACUUCCUGCCCAAGCUGCUGGAAGUGGCCAUGUACCGGGAACCAUCUCUCCACAAAGUCCCCGAGUCAUCCCCUACCGAGGAAGAAAUACCCCUGGCAGCUGAGUCCCUGGAGACGUAGCCCCAAGAAUCGGGCCAGCCCCACUCACCCCUCUCCCUCCCACAGACGCAGCCACGUGGGCCCCGGACCCCAUCCAUCCUAUCGCCCUCUCCUCCCCCCACAUCGGCCUCCCCUCCUGCUUGGGACCCCCAGAACCUUCUGGGUUUGGAUGGACCCACAAAAAUGGUGGUCCGGUCUUCUCUCGUCCAGUGGGGGACUCUGACUCUUGGGGAGACUGGAGGAGGAGGAGGAGGAAACUAAGACCAAGUCCUCCCUUGGCCUUCUUUCCCCACUUCACCUUGGCCCUCCAUCCCCGCCCUUUGCCUCCCCAAACCCCACUUUGUCAGAGACGGGCCCACAUACUGGAUCAGGACGGAACCCCGUUCUAGAUCGUUGAAGUGCGCGGACCUCAGCCCGGGUCCCCGUCUGGUUCCAGAGUCACCACAGGCGUGUUCGUGGGUUGCGUGGCACCCUCGUUUAGGUCUACAAACCUGGACGCGCCUCUGGAAUGUUCUCCACCCAGACGUCUCCCGCUUCUGGAUCAUUACCCAAGCUGUUUCCUCUGUUUCUGGACCGCCGCAGACCUACAUCCUUGGACCGAUUCCGACGCUCGAAGAAUCGCAGCCGAUUCUAGAUCACAGCAGAGCCACAGUCCGGUGCUGGACUGAGCCCAGUUCUAGAUCACCAGAGGCCUCCCUCCUCGGUCCAGAAGGACCAGGUUCUAGACCACCCCGUUCCCUCGGUUCUAGAUCGCAGCAGAGCCAUAAUUUGGGGAGGAACUGAGCUUGGUUCCAGGGCAUCACAGGCCUCCCUUCUGGGUCCAAGAGGACACCCCUCUCCACCCCCAGCUCUAGACCACCUGGUUCUAGGUCACCACUGAGCCAUAGUCUUGGACCGACCUGGGCCUGGUCCCAGAUGAUCGCAGCCCUCCCGUUCUAAACUACCUAGUCUAGAUCACAAUAGAGCCAUAAUUUCCGUCCCAGCGGAUCUCAGUUCUAGGUUGCAGCUCAAGUCACCUCUUCUCCCUGGCUGGAGCUGGAUUCUGGAUAGCCACGGUCUUGCUCCAGACUGAGCGUGGUUCUAGACCCAUCCCACAAGGAUAUCCAGGGCCGCGGGGCUCUUGAGAGGCUAGGUGCUCUCCAUCCAGACCAAGCCACGUACCUGACGUACCAAGAGCCACCUUAGAGUGUUUGUUAGUUUCUUAGCUAGUUUUCUAAAAAUCUGGUUCUUCCACCCAAACACUCGUUGUUUUUAAAUGCACUUUCCAGGGUACCAGAGCCUCCAAAAUCGCUAGCCUCCAGGAUCCUGCCCCUUCUCCUGACCAC